AUGAAACGUCUCUUCUCGAAAAUAAAGCUGGAGCCUGGUCGGGCUUCAGUGGCACUUUUCAAGACCGACUCUACUGCUUCCCUCACGGAGAAGAACCGAAAAACAGGCAUGUUCGACACAUUGCAACAAAUGAUUAAAGAACAUGACGAACAAAAACUUGCAGCAGCGUCAACAGUUUGGGGUCACUUUCCUUCAAACCCAGAAGAUAUACCCGAAUUUCUAUUCUGUGCCAUGGAUUAUUUGGAGAGAAACGGAUUGGAGACUGUUGGUAUAUUCCGUCACUCCACGUCAAAAAGCCGAGAAGAUAAAGUGAUGCACGAAAUUGAUGAAAAGUUCAGAGCUGGAGGAGCCAAAAACGCAACGAUAAACUUUGACGAGUAUCAUGACAUUCACUUGGCAGCCUCUCUCAUCAAAGUUUAUUUGAGAAAAUUGAAUGAGCCUCUUUUAACAAACAAAUUGUAUGAAAGCUUUUUGGCAACUUCAAAGAUGACAUCUCCUCGGUGUUCGGAUGCUGGUGAAAGUGCCAAUUUGUCUGCCACUGAAAUCGAAGAAGCAGAGAAUAAUAGAAGAAUUAGAUUAUUACAACAGGUGGUUUCUCUGCUGCCGAACGCAAACUAUUGCCUUUUGAAACGAUUGUGUCUCUUUUUAAACAAGAUCACAAAAUAUCAAGCACAGAACUUGAUGAGCCCAGAAAAUAUUGCCAUCGUUUUCCAACCCAAUGUACUUUAUUUGAAAGAUCAAGAUCCAAUGUUGACCAUUCGUGACAUUUCCAAUGCAACCAAUGUCAUUAAAUCUUUGAUUGUAUUCGCACCAGAAAUAUUUGGUGAGCAAGAACAAGCAACACCACGCCACCGACUCACCACAGAAACUUCUGAUAGUGUCAGCAGUACUCUUGAUACAUCAUCUCUCGUAUCGGAGAUUUUAUCGAGCACCACUGAAGCCACAAACACAGCAGCUUCUCUUCAUAUUGUGACAUCACCCUUAACAAGUCCAAGAAAUCCAUCAUCAAAUGGUGAAAGCACUACUUCUACUUCAACAGCAACUGUGCCUAGUAUAGCGUUACAACGAACACCAUCUUCAAGUGCCAUGCAUUUGGAUGUGUCUGCAUGUGGAGGAGAUCAAACACCAGAAAUUUUACAAGAAGGACAACCUUUCUAUAAGGGAGAAACAAAUUCGAAAGGAGAAAAACAUGGUUAUGGAAUUCUCAUGUUUCAUGACGGCUCAGUAUUUGAGGGCAAUUUUGUGGAUGACAAAAAAGAAGGCCAUGGUAAAAUGGUCUGGGCUGAUGGCUCCAAAUAUGAAGGAGAAUUUUCCAAUGAUGUCAUCUCUGGACGAGGUACUUACAAGUAUGCAUCUGGAGAUUAUUAUGAUGGACAUUUUGUGAAUGGUGUGAGGGAAGGAAAGGGUAAAAUUAAAUUUGCCUCAAAUCAGAGUCAUUAUGACGGUGAAUGGUUGCAAGACAAGCGUCAUGGAUUUGGAAAACAAUCAUAUGCCAAUGGUGACGUUUAUGAGGGAGAAUGGAAACAAGAUUUCAGUAGUGGCUAUGGUACAUUUACAUCGACAGGAUACACUUACGAAGGAUACUGGAAGAGUGGUAAAUUUGAUGGAAAAGGUAAAUUUGUCUUGCUCAUUGAUGCUCUUCGUCGAGAAAUUCUUGAGGGAGAAUGGGUUGAUGGUCAAUUGCAUGGAGAAUUGAACUACACGGACGGAGAAGGAAGAAAAUUUUUACAAAUCUACGAGAAGGGUGAACUUGUCAAGAAUGAACGGCUGAUCGAUGAAAAGGAACAACGAGUCUUGGACUUGGUUCAAAAAUUAAUGUUGGAACCUAUUAAGAGUCAUCCACAAAUUAAGUCCAUACUCGAGAAACAAGUCAUUCAAAACAAUGAUGUGUCAAGCCCAGUUAUUCCACACCCAACACCUGGAGACGUUGCAACGGAUCACCAACAUGAACACGACAAGCUGCGAAAUGCUCUUUACAAAGUACUCACCACUCCAGAGACAACCAUUGUUUUUGAUUUACUGUGUUCUCUUGUAGAACUCAUUCCAAGCACUUUUUCAACAACCGCCACAAUGGCAGCCAACAAUAUUGAAUUAGCACAAGAAUUAAUGUAA